GAUAAGAGGGAGGAGAGGAUGCGACCAGUGUUGUAGAUGGACCGUUUCUCUAUACGGAUGCUCGAAUGUGCGAACACAUCAUUUUUUAAAUUUUAAAUCGUCUCCCCGGCUCGUUUGAAGACUGCGAACUAAAUCAGGUGACAAGAUGGGGAAUGGUUCGAUGAAAUCAAAGCGUUACAAACACGCCGACGGCUCUGCUGCCGCGUCCGACAGCCGACCCCACAAAGAUCAGGGGUUCAGAAACUCGCCCCUGGACUCCCUGAGGGUCCGGGUGGAUGAGCUGGAGCGAGAGGGCAAGAGGAGGGAUGAGGAGCUCUGUGCCAAAGAGCUCCAGAUCAAGGCUCUCCAGGAGCAGCUGGCCAAACAGACGCGAGCUCUGGCCGAGCUGAGCGAGGAGCUGCAGAACAAGUGCAUCCAGCUCAACAAGCUGCAGGACGUGAUGAAGAACCAGAGCGGGGCCUCGGCAGGUCUGGCGUCACGGCCCCCUUCCAUCAGAGUUGCCAGCAGGGGCAGCCCCAACCUCAGCGUUCGCAUCAAGGAAACCCUCAACAGAAGGAAAGGGGCCAAAGCCGGGGUGUCGGCCGAACCCACAUCCAGGACCUACGACUCCAGCAGCCUGCCAAAGUUCUCUUUCGAGAAGGCCCGGGUACCAAAGGAUGCAAGUGUAAAGAAGCUGCUGACAGACUCCCUGAACAAGAACCAGUACCUGAAGAGGCUUGAGCUGCAGCAGGUCAAAGACAUGGUGGAGUGUAUGUAUGAGCGCACCUACCAGCAGGGAGAGUACGUCAUCAAGCAGGGAGAGCCUGGGAACCAUCUGUUUGUGUUGGCAGAUGGGAAGCUGGAUGUGUUUCAACAUAACAAACUGCUCACAUCGAUAACGGUGUGGACCACAUUUGGAGAAUUAGCCAUUCUGUACAACUGCACACGGACAGCAUCAGUGCGAGUGGUGAACAAAGUGAGGGUGUGGGCUUUGGACCGGGAGGUGUUUCAGAACAUCAUGAGGAGGACGGCUGAGACGCGACAUGAACAGCACCGCAACUUCCUCCGAAGUGUUUCACUCUUGGCUAAUCUGCCAGAAGACAAGCUAAGCAAAAUAGUGGACUGCCUCGAGGUGGAAUACUAUGACAAGGGAGAGCACAUCAUCCGGGAGGGAGAGGAGGGCAGCACCUUCUACAUCAUCGCACAGGGAAAGGUGAAGGUGACCCAGACCACCGAGGCCCACAAGCUGCCGCAGAUCAUCAACACGCUGCAGAAGGGAGAGUACUUUGGAGAGAAAGCCCUUAUAAGUGAUGAUGUCAGGUCAGCUAAUAUCAUCGCCGAAGAGGACGGGGUGGAGUGCCUCGUCAUCGAUAGAGAGACAUUUGAUCAGACAGUGGGCACAUUCAAUGAGCUGCAGAGGUACCUCCAAGGCUACGUGGCAACACUUGAUCGUGACGACAAGAAGAGACAUGCCAGGAGGUCCGUAUCGCGCCACCAGAGCCAGCCGCUUUCACCAGACGUCAUCCAGUUGAAGGACCGGGUGGCCGUGUUUCCUCAGUCCAGGCCCUUCGACCACCUGGAGCUCGUCGCUACUCUCGGGGUCGGCGGCUUUGGACGAGUAGAACUGGUGAAGGUGCAGAACGAAGACGUCACCUUUGCCCUGAAAGUCAUCAAGAAGAAGCACGUCGUAGACAACAGGCAGGAGGAGCACAUCCACUCGGAGAGGAAGAUCCUCGCCGAGGCGCGCUCGCCGUUCGUCGUCAAACUGUAUCGCACAUUUAAGGAUAACAAGUAUGUGUACAUGCUGCUGGAGGCCUGUCUGGGUGGAGAGAUUUGGAGUCUGCUCAGAGACAGGGGGAGUUUUGAUGAGCCUACUGCCAAAUUCUGCGUUGGUUGCGUCACAGAGGCUUUCGAUUACCUCCAUCGCAAGGGUGUCCUCUACAGAGACCUGAAGCCAGAGAAUCUCAUGCUUGAUACCGAGGGAUACAUCAAACUGGUUGACUUUGGUUUUGCCAAGAAGAUCAGGUGUGGCCAAAAGACCUGGACCUUCUGCGGGACACCGGAGUACGUGGCCCCUGAGAUCAUCCUCAACAAAGGCCACAACUUCAGUGUAGACUUCUGGGCUCUGGGCAUCCUGGUGUUUGAGCUCCUUACUGGCAGUCCUCCGUUCUCAGGGAGUGACCAGAUGAUGACCUACACUUUCAUCUUGAAAGGAAUCGAGAAGAUGGACUUCCCCAAGAAGAUCACAAAGAGGCCCGAGGAUCUCAUACGCAAACUGUGCAGGCGGAAUCCCUCAGAGCGACUAGGCAACCUCAAAAAUGGAAUUACUGAUAUCAAGAAGCACAGGUGGUUUAACGGCUUCAACUGGGAGGGACUGAAGGCGAGGACUUUACCAUCUCCACUGAAAAGAGAACUUACAGGACCGACAGAUCACAGCUAUUUCGACAGCUACCCUCCAGAUGAGGACAGUCCUCCUGAAGAGCUGUCUGGUUGGGAUAUGGACUUUUGAGACCUAUUGCUGCAUCUUUCCAUUGUUGUCUUUUCUUUGCACACCCUAACCAAAGCUUGAUGGGCAAAGGCCACCUUACAUCAACUCCGGGCAACAUGGUGGAGGACCUCAGGUUCUGGGCAACAGUAGCUGCAGUUAGCGGGUUACUUUCUGAACUAAAGAUCGGUCGUCUCAACACAAAUAAACAGUUAUAGGCAAAUUCUCCUUGAGAAAGUUUGACUGUGAAACAGUUUGUAAUGUAAAAAUCGCUGUCCUUUUGGUUAGUAUAUCUGACUGUCACUCAAGCUAAUCUAGUACAAUAUAGUGCUAAUAGUGAUACAGUAGUAGUGGCAUGUUAGCAUAGCAAGCUAGAAUCUGUAAUACUGUAAAGGUAAAGAGGUUCUCCACAAUCUGCUGCUGCGAAAUGUUGCAGUGGCUGCUGCUGCUUGUUGCAGUGGAUAAACACUCACCUAAACCGAAAACACAGCUGGCAGUGUAAGUGGGUGGGAAGCCAUUGAGGAAUCAAGUCAUUGGAUGGUUGGGAUUACUUUGGAGUUGGGUAACGAGAAUCAGCUCUGCUUUGUAACCAGUUCAAAAAUUCUAGCAACCUAGAAUUCAUGAAGGAACAUGCUUUUUCAUUCAGCUAUUUGGAUCCCAACAAUAACGUUUCAAUGGCAAAGUUUGGCCUUAAUGCGCUUCAGUGUACAGUUCCAGUUAAGGCUCAUGUACAGUGUUUACAAAAUGGCAGACCGGAACUAGCGCUAAAAAGUGUUAAGUGCACAAAAGAAAACAGUGAGAACAAGUAAAAAGGCCCAUGUUAUACAAGUUAAAUCACUGAUGAGGGAGUAGUAACGUUAACAACAUACUGUACCAACCACAUUUUGUUUUGUUAUCUCUGCUGAAGUUUCUAAGUUGGUAGAGUAAUUAAUUACAGCUUUAGCUUUUCUAAGCUUCAUCUCCUACUGCUUUGGGGAGUAAGUCUUGAAACAGACCAGUGUCCUGUGUCACAGUAUUACUGUUUUAACAGUCCUUAAUCAAUCUACGGCCAUUUAAUAAUCUUUCACAGAUACCUAAAAAAUAUAGUUUUCAGACACUUUUUUCUAGGCCCUCAUGAUGGUUCCAGAUGUGGUUGGCGGGGAAAUUUGUGAUACAGCUGCAAAGUCUUUAUUUCUUACAGCUGAGAGAAUUUGUGAUUACAUUGGCAGUUUUUUUUUACGACUGUUGAGGAAUGGAGGUGUGUGGUGAGGAGAUCAUGUGUGGAGAUGACACUGUAACUUGAGAACAAACAGACUCGGGAGAAGAGAUUCUACUUAACUGCUUAGACGGCAACAUUUGUGCUAAGAAGCAUCAAGAGUUCCUUGUGCCAACAGUGUUAUCCUCACAGUCCCUCCACUGCCCAAACUAGACACACAUAAAAGCAUGAACACCUUCCACACUUAAGUUCUAGAGUGUGAGCAUCGCGGAGCAGGGUGCCUAACCUGAAGAAAUAUUUACCUUUUUGAAGCUGAGUCAACUCUGCGGUCCCCAGCUUCUUAAGAAGAAUGGCAGUUCUGCUCGGUCUGAGGCGUUGAUGAUGUGAUGAGGAGCAGCAAACAAGUUUACCUUGGGGGAUUUUCAGGAACUUAGGGUUAAAAAUGUAUGUAUUUUCCAUUUUCAAACACUUGAGGUUUACAGUAAAUCGACUGUGUACCAUGUGUCUAUGUAUAUACUGAAUACUGUAAAGCACAAGCAUAAAAAAUACACAAUUUAUACAAUCCAAGCUACAUGUUCCUUUAUGUAAACCUUAAAAACUGGGUAAGUGAAUCUUGUAAAUAUCACAUAUAUAUAUGUAUACAUUGACUGGUGAAUGUGUGUGGACAGUAUGUACAGUGUGUGAUGUUGUUGGUGUAUGGAAGCAUCUGAAAUUCCUGGAAAAGCUGUGGCCUUAAGAUAAUGACUACUGAUUUCAGGAUACAGCUGUGUUUGUUAAUUAUUGUUUUUUUAAUUUGACAUUUUGUAAUUGAAUGAAAUAGUUUUCUUAAAUUGGUCAACUCAAAUUUUAUUUUAUGCCACAAUAGAUUAUUAUUUUAUUUUCUUACCAAUAUGUGCAGACCUUUUUUUAGUGGAGACAUUUUGACUUGUCAAACACAGGGGUAUGUAAAGACAUUAGUGAUAGCUGCAUUUCAUUUUGUUCAGUGCCAGGCCUGAUAAUCAAACUAAAUUCAACUUCAAACGAACAUACUGACAUCAUGUUCAUGUUUGCCAAUUUCUGUUGGCAAGUUAUGUUUUGUUUUGCUGUAACCAAACAGUAUCAAGUGAUGUAAAAGUUCACAACAAAACCAAAAGAACUUAAAAUUUAAGAUUUUAAGACAUUACUUCUCCCAGUAGAUGUACAACCUGUCUAGCUGCGUCAAUGUCACCCACACUUUUUACUUUUUGUGACCAUUUUUUGCUGCUAUUUUUCAUGAAUGUAGUUACAUUGCUGUCUAGCUGUAAAAAAUGAUAAAAGGCCACAUUCUUAAUCCUGCCUAACAACUGUACUUGAACUGCUAAAGAAAUCAGGGAUUUGGGCUAGCCACAACCCUGUUUUUAAGCAUGCUGGCUUACAGGACCCUUAAAUAAAACUAUUUCUAAUGUCAUCACACUUGCUUUACUGCAAUGACAAGUCACAAUGUCUGCCACUAGAAUGACCUGUUGCUCAAUUUGUGUGGAUUCAUGACUGAACUGUACCUCAAAAUAAAGUUUUACAAAAACAGAAAUGUCACCAAACUGUAAAAACGGCAACAUGUAUUUAGACCUCAUGUUUGCUGAACAUUGUUAGUGCUAAAAGAUAUCAAAUAUCGAAGCCUAUAUUAAGGCAAGGGGAUAAAACAUAAAAAACUCUAUAGUAUAGUCUAUCUACUUUACAUGAUUUCAAAAGAAUGAAAACACCUCAUUUUUUUUGCACACAAUUUUGGCUGUUGCGAUAUAUACUGUAUUAUCUACAACUGCCUAUGUCAAGACAAAUCCUACAAAAUGUAUAUUGUACGUGUAUAUAAAAUGUAAAUAUUGAUGUUUUUGGGCACUAUAUUAAAGUUAAAGGCAAACAGUUAUACUGCAAAUAAAGACAUACUUCUAAGUUUUGCUAUUAAA